CAAGAUGGUGGCUGAAUCUGUACAAGUGCUUUUAUUAACUUUUUUAGUUUAUUUAAUUUCUUACUCCGACCAAGAAGUCCUUCCAAAGUCUACAAUUACUAUUGCAAAACGCAGUUUUAAAUUAACAAAAAGAACUUGGGUAUAUAAAGACGCAAAGGACACAUACAAAAUUAAUAUCUUUGAAUCUAUAAAGAAUUGCAACGGUGCUAAAGUUUGUAAAGGCACCACGAGUUUGGGGAAGACGUACUCCUCGACAUUGGCCUCUGAUGGCUCAGGAUUUACCUUAAAUUUCACUGAUGGAUUUUGCGAUAGCAAGGAUAAACUGAAUACUUUGAUACAAUUUAAAUGUGGAAAGUACAUGGGUGCACCAGUAUUACUGGAUGAAUUUACAACARCAAGUUCCUGCGUAAAGAUAUUUGAGUUCAUUACUAAUGAGGCAUGUAAAAAGCCUCCCACAAUAUCUGAGGUGCCUUGUUACUUGUAUAAUGGUACUAAGAGGAUUGACUUGACGCCACUCAUCAAAACUAAAGGAGGUCAUGAGGUUGCCAAUGAUGUGAAAGGCCAUGAUUUCUUCAUCAAUGUGUGUAGAGAUAUCACACCAGAUAAGAGUACUGCUAACUGCCCCAGUGGUGGUGGAUGCAGAACUGGUUCAACACCGAUUUCCAUUGGGGCUCUGACUGCUGACUCAAUACCAACCCUGUCAACCAAUAAGAAAACAAUAAUUAUGGUCUAUAAGACAGAUACGAAAUUAGCAGAAUGUCAGGGUGCUGCUUUAACCAARAUCACAUUUGUAUGCCCACAAACUCUUAACAAAUUGGGUGGCAAACAACCAAUCAUGACUUCAGCUGAUAAAUGUACAUAUGAAGUAUUCUGGGAGACAGAGUAUGCAUGUCCGCAYAAUAAACAAAUGUCAAACAACAGCUGCAUUUUGUCCAACAAUUUUGUAGAUUUUGAUCURAGACCACUGCAAAAACRAGAUGGUCACAACUACAGGGUCCAGGAUAAGAAGUACACGUACUAUAUCAAUGUCUGCAAGUCUACAAGUAUACCUAAUUGUGCUCCUUCAGGAUACAGUGCAUCUGUUUGCCAGGAAAUUCCUGACACAAACCAAGUCUAUUCACUUGGUGUUUACAACCAGCAGAAGCUUUCAUACAUUGAUGGUCAGUUAGUGUUGAAGUAUAUGGGUGGCAAGGCCUGUAGCAGUGGCUUCAAGAGAGAGUCAUUUAUAACAUUCAAGUGUAACCCAACUAUUGGACAAGGGGCACCAGUUUUUGCUGGUGAACUGAGUCAUUGUGCUUAUUUCUUUGAAUGGGAAACAAAGUAUGCAUGUCCACCAUCACGUCGCACAGGAUCUGCAUGCAGAGCAACCAGAAAUGGGACUAACUAUGACCUUACAGAACUGAUCAGCUCUAAUGGCACUGAUUGGUUAGUCAUUGAUGGUGAAAACAGCAAUUCAACUAYAAUGAUUUACAUCAAUGUCUGUGGUCGACUAAACAYACAAGCAGCUACAUCCAAAUGUAAUAUCAACUCUGCCGCAUGCUUGAUUGACAAGAAAGAUGGRACUGUUAAAGACCUUGGCCAUUARCUUUCUGCACCAGUUUUAAACCCUGAUAACUCACUGACUCUGAAUUAUACUGGAGGUGAUCAGUGCAUUAAUGGAGUUCUUCGAAGAACUGUUGUCACAUUUGUUUGUUCCCAUGGUGAUCUCACCAGUCCCCCAGUACUAGUCAGCCAUUCAGCUGAUGACUGCACCUAUACCAUCAUGUGGAAGACUGCUGUUGCUUGUCCACUUGGUCUGAACCAAGGUGAUAAUUGUAAAGUUGAGGACAAGUCAGCAGGAUAUGUAUUUGAUCUUAAUGGAAUGCAAGGCAAUGUCCUCGGUCACAACUACACAACGACUAGAUAUGACAAGUACACAUACUAUCUGAAGAUUUGCAAGAAUAUUUCUGAUUCAUCAAUCAAAGAUUGUGCUAAUUCUGGGGCUUGUCAAGGCGAUCCGAGCAGCAAAGAUCACAAAUUUCGCAAUAUUGGUGUAGCAAAUAGUAAACUCUUUUACUAUGAUGGUAUACUGAAACUAAUGUACAGCAAUGGUGAAGCUUGUCAUAGCGGACAGAAAAGACAGACGCAUAUUACAUUUAUUUGUUCUCCUCAUGCCCCUAUGCAAGGGGCUGGGAGGCCUGAGUUUGUACAUGAAGACCAUUGUAUUUACCAUUUUAGAUGGCCUACCAAGUUUGCUUGUCCAGCUCAGGUAGUGGAGUGUGCUGUGAGAUCAAACAACCUUCAGUAUGACCUUUCAAGCUUGGCCAAGACUGAUGAUAACUGGAGUGUUACAAAUGGCAAAGGAACUUUCUARAUUAAUGUUUGCAGGUCUUUAAAUUUGAACUCUGCUGUCCGUCAGUGUUUUGGAACAUCUGCUGUAUGCUUGAAAUCUAAUGGGAAUUAUGUUAACCUAGGUCAAGUUGACAGUUCUUUAAAGGCGACUUCACAAGGAACUAUCACCAUAACUUACACCAAUGGAGAUCCUUGUCAGGCAGACAAGAACAAACGAUAUCAAUCUGAAAUUACAUUCAUAUGCCAGAAAGGUGUUGUGGGUAAAGGACCGCAUCUAGAGUCUACUGGUAAUAGUGGAUGCCUGUACAAGUUUAGUUGGGAGUCUGCCGCGGCAUGUGCCAUUACUAACACCAUAGGUGCAAAUUGCUCCGUCCAGGAUCCUAAAUCAGCUACUGUCUUCAAUAUGUUUGCACUAAGCCGACAACCAAGCAAGCCGUACACUAUCUCUACACCUAGUGGUAGAACAUUUACACUGAAUAUUUGUGACAAAAUUGACAAGACACUGUGUAAUAAGGACAGCGGUGUUGAUAUCGGUGUCUGCAUGAAGGAGACUGACAAGAAACUUCUUAAUUUGGGUGUUGUCAGUCAGAAGUUGGAGUUUGAAGGAGAGACACUUGUACUGACUUACAGCAGUGUUGCCAAGUCUACUGGUAAUAGUGGAUGCCUGUACAAGUUUAGUUGGGAGUCUGCCGCGGCAUGUGCCAUUACUAACACCAUAGGUGCAAAUUGCUCCGUCCAGGAUCCUAAAUCAGCUACUGUCUUCAAUAUGUUUGCACUAAGCCGACAACCAAGCAAGCCGUACACUAUCUCUACACCUAGUGGUAGAACAUUUACACUGAAUAUUUGUGACAAAAUUGACAAGACACUGUGUAAUAAGGACAGCGGUGUUGAUAUCGGUGUCUGCAUGAAGGAGACUGACAAGAAACUUCUUAAUUUGGGUGUUGUCAGUCAGAAGUUGGAGUUUGAAGGAGAGACACUUGUACUGACUUACAGGGAUGGUGACCGUGAUAUAAACAAUGGAUAUCCUAGAAUUUCAAAGAUCAGGUUCUAUUGUGACCCUAACACCACUCUAGGUUCGCCAAAGUACAUUGAACAAGCAAGUGAAAAAGAUGGAGAGGUGUUUUAUUUUGACUUCAAAACGUCUCUUGCAUGUUCAAUGAAUCAAAUACAGUGUCAGUUUAAUUCAUCAAAUGGGCGAUCAUACGACUUGACUCCUAUGGGAUUAAUUACUGGUAACUGGGAGGCUGUUGACACCCGUUCUGCACACAAGCAUCUCCACUACUACAUCAACGUAUGUCGAGCAAUCAACCCUGUAACCUCAUCUAUUCAGUGCCCAUUUACAUCGGUCGGCGCUAUUCAAAUAGAUCACAGCACAUCAAAGUGUUAUAAUCUUGGUUAUAUUCAAAGCAACCCAGAGGUAGUUUCAGAAGGCCUAAUUACAUUYCACUAUUAUGGAGGCACCAAAUGCCACAAUAAAUACGCUAGAAGCACAAGGGUCAACCUCCAAUGCGCUAACUUCACUGGUCCUCCUAUUUUUGAAACGGAAACCUCAGAAUGUGAAUAUGUGUUUAAUUGGCAAACACCCAGUGCGUGUGCACUCACAAGAGAAGCAGGCGAUAAUUGUCAAGUGACAGACAGACAGUAUGACUACAAGUACAGUUUGUCAUCACUGGUGGGUUCAUUCGCGUUUAAAGUCCCGGAUGGAACUGUUUACCUUGGUGUCUGUGCCAAGGCAGCACCAUGUAAAGACGAAAACACCGCGGCUUGUUUAAUUAAAGAAGGAAAUAAACAAGACAUAGUAAAGCUGGGCGAUGUCUCCAAACAACUUACAUUCUUUGGGCAAGAAAUCUUCCUCCGAUACAGUAACUCAAAGUGCUCCCUUCUUGUGCGGUUUGAUUGUGACCAAAAUGCACAUAAUGAGGGGAAUGGACCCAAGUUGGAAAGGGUUGAUGACAAGAAGUGUGAAUAUUAUGCUCGUUGGGCUACAGACRUGGCUUGUCGACCAAAUACGCAUGUCCAGUGCAGUAUCAGGASAGAAAGCAGCGACAAGAAGACUGAUCUGCAGUAUGACUUCACCAGARUAACAAAACAUAACGACAAUUGGAAGGCAACAACAUCAACAGCUAGUGUAUCUUACUUUAUAAACGUCUGUCGUCCAGUCAUCAGAUCCGGUGAAGCAUCUAUUUGCUCACGAACUGCUGGUGUAUGUAAAGUAGAGACAACACAGACAGGGAAAAAAAGUGCUACAAGUCUUGGUCAGUUGACCAGUAUUCCUGUGGUGAAGGGGACCAGUAUUUAUCUAAAUUACUCGAMGGGAGAUCAAUGCUCCAACGGCAAGUCAGCGUCAGCUACUAUACGCAUGGAGUGUGGGCCAAGUGCUGAGGCUGCUCCCAUGGAGAUCAAUAUGUAUCAAGAUACGUGUACCUAUGAGUUUGUGUGGAUUACCAAGUACGCAUGUCCGAUAAACACUGUGAACCAAACUAUCACCAAUGACUGUACAGCUGUCAACCCCAUCACCAACUAUAAGUUUGAUUUAAAUCCACUAGCAAACGAUACCGACUACAGGGUCGARGAUAACAAAGGACAUUACUUCUUGUUAAACGUGUGCCAAGGGUUGAAYAAAGACACGACGUGUGGAAAGGAUUCAGGCUCGUGUCAGUACAAACUUGAUGGCAGUACRACAUACAAUGCUGGUAAAGCCAGUAAGCAGUUAACUUACCAGGACGGCGUGCUUAAACUCACAUAUUCAGGAGGUKAAGUCUGUCAUCAUUCUAAGACUUCACGGACCACAGUGAUCUCAUUUGUGUGUAGUUGGYCAUCUAGUAACAACUUUGGUAAACCUGUUUUUGUUGAUGAGUCAGACGACUGUACCUACUACUUCUCGUGGCACACUAAACUCGCCUGUGAAAGAAAGGUUGAGUGUUCACCGGUUAUUCAAAAUAAAAACUCUAACUCAAAGUAUGGAAUUCGUAGACUUGCUAAAGACGAUCACAACUGGCUGUUUCCAAACGGUAUGAAAUACAAUCUGUUUACAUACUUUUUCAUGUUUAGUCGAGAAGCGGUUCCAAUGCCCAACUGUCGCGUCCAGCAUCCUUUAACGGGAKAAACUGUAGACUUCAGUAAACUUGACAAUGGCCCGAUCACAGUCGAUACAUUUGCAUUUCGCAUCUGUGAUCCUUUACCGGGUAAUUACCUGCAAACACUGUGUGCCGGUAAAUGGGUGUGCAACAAUGGUAUUGGCUAUGACYCCACACCCAAACUUUACUAUGAAGACAAUAUCUUUGAGCUGUGGUUUACUGCCAAGCGUCCAUGUGAUCAAUCUCCUCAAGGCAAAGAAACGUUCAUUAUUAACUUUCAAUGCGACGAAUCAAUAAAAGGCUCGGGAAAGCCUAUCUUUGAGUACGAUUCCACGAGUUGCCACCAUGUAUAUACCUGGUCUACUCCUAUUGUGUGUAUAAAAGACCAGAGCCGUGUUAUCAUUGAUCCUCWCCCCAGUCCUCAUUCAUCUGGAUCAUCUGCUGGCAAAAAGGCGGGAAUCGCGUUUGCUGUGAUAGCAGUGUUGCUUGUCGUUGCUGCUGCUGUAUUUGUACUGCACAACCGACGAAGAAGGUGA